GUUCGUUCGCGUGUUGCUGCUGAAGUAAGAAACUUGUCCUCAUGUAAAGAGGAGGGAAAUUAAAGACCUCCUUCGUAAAAUACAAUCUGAAAUUCACCUGCCUGAUCCCUGUCUUGCACACCAGAAUCCUGUCUAGUUAUUCCUAAGAACACAUCCUACUUUGUUUCAUCACACCUCCACCUAAGCUAUCUUCUCCUGCUUUUGGUCUGUCUCUCCAUCCCUCCCUUUCAUCAUGACCGAACCAGAGCUGCUCACCGAGGUCCCUGCCUCCCUGAAACGGCUGGCCAAGCAGGUGGUGCGGGGUUUCUAUGGCAUCGAUCAUGCUCUCGCUCUGGACGUGCUGAUUCGGAACCCCUGCGUGCGUGAAGAGGACAUGCUGGAGCUGCUCAAGUUUGACCGCAAGCAGCUGCGCUCAGUGCUGAACACACUCAAAGCCGACAAGUUUGUCAAGUGCCGUAUGCGGGUGGAGACGGCACCUGAUGGCAAGACAACACGGCACAAUUACUAUUUCAUUAACUACAGGCUGCUGGUUAAUGUUGUCAAGUACAAACUGGACCACAUGCGCAGGCGAAUAGAGACAGAUGAACGGGACUCGACUAACAGAGCCUCCUUCCGCUGCCCCUGCUGUCUGAACACAUUCACUGACCUGGAGGCCAACCAGCUGUUUGACCCCAUGACUGGGACGUUUCGCUGUACCUUCUGUCAAACCGAAGUAGAGGAGGAUGAAUCAGCCGUACCAAAGAAAGAUGCCCGCACUCUGGUGGCACGCUUCAACGAGCAGAUAGAGCCCAUCUAUGUACUGCUACGAGAGACAGAGAACAUCAACUUGUCCCAUGACCUCCUGGAACCUGAGCCAUCAGAAAUCCCAGCCCUAAAACAGAGUCGAGAGCGGGCUGCUCAGGCAGCUGCAGGAGCUGCUGCAGGGGCACCUGGUCGGGAAAUGUGGAAAACCAAGGGCUCGUCGUAUGAUCUUUACACACAGAAUGUGGUCAUCAACAUGGAAGACCAGGAGCCUCAGCUUGGCCAGACAGCUGAGGGUAAAGCCCCCAAAGAGAGGCCCGUAUGGCUGACGGAAAGCACUGUGCAGGGGGCGUACAAUGAGGCAGAUGCUCUGAAGCAAGCUGGCGAAGACGCCAUAGUAACCCAUGACAGCAUGGCUGGACGAGGAGCCGCACAGGAUGAGAAUGAGGAGGUGAUGUUGGCUCUCCUCAUUCACGAGAAGAGGAGUGGAGCCGGACCAAGAGGCGCCGUCGUCUCCAAACCAAUCAUUCCUGUGGCUAACGCAAGUGACUCUGACAGCGAUACCAGCGAAUCGGACGAGGACUCUCCACCCCAGGCGCCAGCCCACUCGGCACACAUCGGCACGGCUCUGCGGCCAGGCAGGCAAGUGGAGGAGGACGAUGAUGAUGACGAGUUUGAGGAGGUUGGGGAUGACCCUGUAGUUAUGGUUGGGGGAAGAUCUUUCUCUUACAGGGAAGUAAGCCAGAGACCCGAGCUAGUGGAACAGAUGAGCGCUCAAGAGAAAGAGGCGUACAUUGAGAUGGGUCAGAACCUCUUCCAGGACAUGUACUUCUGAGUAAAUCACUUGACAGAUCCACUUUCUGCAUCACACGGUUUCUUUCUUUCUGUAUCUCCCCAUAAACAGUUUUUCACAGGAUGUAGAUUUGAUGAGUCUCCUUUGCACACUUUAUCUCAUACAGUGUUGUGCAUCACGCCAGAGCUGAGAAAUGUAGUGUUUUAGCAUUGAAUGUUCUCCUCUCUCACCCAUCUGACACAAGACCUUUUGCCAUAUUCACAAACAGAAUAUACAUGCUCUGUUGCCAAUGGAGCGAAGUAUCAACAGGCGUACCUUACACAUUGGCAGACGUGCUCACACCACUACCUUUCCUUUUAAUGGCUCGCCACAUUCAGAGACUUCUAAGCCAAUGACAGUGUUGCUGUGGUGACCUCUGAGACAGUUUCACUCAAAAGAAAACCCCAAACACAAGGGUCCUGAGGCUUUCAGACGUGAUUGGCAUUUGAAUGAUGGCGAAAGCGUUUCUUUCUUGUAAAGUGACAGACUCACGUUGGCUCUUUUGAGGUUCUGUUUUGCUCAAAGCUAGAGACUUAUCCACAUCUCCUAGCUUCUGCAUCUUUUUCAAGGUCUCCACUUCUCAACAAUAUUUAGCAAGACUUGCAGUAAGAAAGGGAAGAAAAUCAAUCUUGAUCUUAUAUUAAAUGUAUUGUUGUGAUGAGAGAAGUUUGUUUAGUGUGUUUGCUUUCCUUUCACAUCAAAGAUAAUCAAUUUCUUCUCUACGUUUUUCAGUUUUGUUAGACUUUUUAUAGGAAUAAAAAACAAAAACAAAGUGUGAAGUCUUUAAUCUCCUUAUUCAUGAGUGUGUGUGUGAGAGAGAGAGAGAGUGUGUGUGUGUGUGUGUGAGAGAGAGAGAGAGUGUGUGUGUGUGUGUGUGUGUGUGUGUGUGUGUGUGUGAGAGAGAGAGAGAGAGUGUGUGUGUGUGUGAGAGAGAGAGAGUGUGUGUGAGAGAGAGAGAGAGAGUGUGUGUGUGUGUGUGUGUGAGAGAGUGUGUGUGUGAGAGAGAGAGAGUGUGUGUGUGAGAGAGAGUGUGUGUGUGUGUGUGUGUGUGAGAGAGAGAGUGUGUGUGUGUGUGUGAGAGAGAGAGA